GUAGUUCUUGCCCAAGUUCAAGUUCCAUAAAUCAGUCCCGCAACAAUCAGUGGAAUUCACAAGUCCGGAGGACGGGUCUAAGAUCACAUCACCAGAAAAGCGGCUCAAGAAAGAGGCGGAGUAAGGAGUUGACUCGACAAAAGGCGCAUGCAUGAAGGUGGUAGAUCGUACCUGUGAGAAACCCGGGGUCAAUGUGCACUCUUUUCUCUGACUCAUGAAAGCUUAUGCGCUGCUUAGUUGGAGAGUGGUUCCAGGUGCGGGUAAGAAAAAGCUUGACCGGUCUCGGAAGAGGCUGCUAGAGAAAGGUCUUUUCUAGCCAUUAUCAUCUCCAGACUCCUCUUGCAAUGGUACCGGAGGAUUGGAUUCAUAGGUUCUUUCCGGUCUUUCUUGACUCACUGUAAUUGAGCGAGGAAGCAAGGUCACUGACUGAGGCUGUUCUUAUUCCCUCUUGAGUAAAGCAGCUUGACUGGAUAGGAUCGGAAGAUCAAUUCUCAGCCCACUACGCCGGAGAAGGCGCGAAGCGGAGCGACUCAAAUCAAAGACGUGGGGACUUGUCUUCUUCUUAUAAGCCGUCACACAAAGAAAGAAAGAAAUGAACAAGGGCUCGACUGAAAGGAGAGUAGGGAUGGCCAUAAAAAGAUAGGGGAGGCUCAAAGAUCAUUGAAUAAAGAGCUCAAAGAAUAUUGAGAAGCGACUUAAGAGGAGUGCUGGAGCGGUCCGAAGGACUCAUUCAUUCCACUAGACUUGAAAGAUAGAGGCUCGACUGAAAGGAGAGGAGUUGAUAAGGACAUAUAAACCUGAAAAUCAGGGUCAAGACGACCUGGAAUAUUAGUUCGGAGGUUUUCCACCUCCUCAUACACAGAGCAUCAAGUAAUCUUCUUUUCAUAAGAGAUUGAGAAAAAAAAUCUGACUUAGCGAAGUGAGGGUGUGCCUCGUGGCAACCACAUAGGUUCAUGCAUGCUCUGGGUCCCAAAUCCUAAAAGGAGGAGGUUGUCCCAUAUCAGAAUAUUGUGUGGUCUACCUUCGUUCCCAUCACCACGUGGGUUUCAAACGAACUUCUGGUCGGAAGCCUCAUCCGCCUUUGUUGGAGGCACAGGGCUAGGCGCGCCCACCUGUGUCGGUUUCGGCUGUUCUGACCUUUUCCUCUCGAGUCUGAUUCCAAAAAGUAGGUUUCCUCUCAUGUUGGGAGAAUGGAAUUUUUCUCUUCCGCGGAGUUUGAACUUCGUCUGACUUUUGAGAUUCCUUUAGCUUCCCUUCUUCCUUAUUCAAAAGAAAAAAGUAGGUUAAGGCUCUUUAGCUAAUGGAAGACAAGUCCCCACGUCUUUGAUUUGAGUCGCUCCGCUUCGCGCCUUCGGAGGGCUACGUGCUUUCUUGAUUAAUCCUGAUGAGAAUUCCACUUUCACUUUCUUCCUUGAUAGUUCUAGAACUCAGUCGACUCAAUUUCAUCGAGCCUUGUCAGUCGCUUCGCUUCUCAACUCCUACUCCGCCUUGCUUCCGAGCGAGACUUGUUCAAAUACCUGCUUCUAUCUUUGCCCGAAAAAGAGAGAAUUCUAGAGAUGGAAUGCUUCCCGUAUUCGUAGAGUUUUUGAUUCCCCGUAACCCGUAAUAAGCCAUCUAACCUCUUCUGCCGAGGUAGCCACUUCUUCAACUGAUCUAUCUCCCACAAGAGAUCUUGCUUCAGCCGAUCGACCCGACCCAGUUCUAUGUUCCAAAUCCCGCCGUAACCAAGGGGAAGAUAACUCACUAUUCACUACUAUAGGGUUAGAAGUUGACUCGGCUAGAGCUCCACCUACAAGCCACUCGACCUUUGGAGAUCUUUCUGCUGUUAGUGCGGGAGGUGGAAGUACAAUCGUAAGCUUGGGUCUGAGGAAUAAGCACAAUUAUCCCUUCCUUUCAUGAGUUGGAGAGAAAAUAGACCAAUAUAGGAUCCCUGGAAAGGUGCUCCCCUUUAUUUUCAUACCCCCUUCCUUCUUCGGCUAGGGCCAGAGAAGAAAGCCUCAAAAUCAGGAAGAUCAUAUUCUCAGAUUAUGCCUCCAACUUGAGGAUAAAGGCUAGGUGGUUUUCUCAUACCAAUAGGGGGCAUUCAAACUAGUUAGUAAAAUGGAAUGGCUAGUCAAGACCAGGGUAGACCCACACCAGGGAGAGGGCGAAUAGAGGCUGUCCGGCGACGAACGUCUUCCAGCCAAAACAGCUACGUGGGGUUGAUCCGGCGGGUCUUCUUCAGUCCGCUUGGACAGCUAGAAACUAUCUUCUUCAAGGAAGCGCUUGACUGAAACUAGAAAUGCUAUAAAUGGUGGAGUCGUCUUGUGCAGGUGCAGGUUCUAGGCCUGCCUUCCCCCAAGUUCAGGGGUUAGCCUCCCUUUUCAUUUCAUUCAGGGCAUCAUCCUCACGUGAGGCAAUCCAUGACUUGACUUAUAGUUCACAUUGAGCUCCCUCUUUUUCUCUUUGAUUUCAUUGAUUGGGAGAGUGGUUCGCAACUAUCAAGAUCUCUUCUUUCUUUCCAGAUCUUUUCUUUCUUUUGUCUGGAUGCCCUUCCUUUUCGGGCUCACUUCCUAAGCUAAGAACCCAGCCCAGGAAAUGGACAGGCAAAAAAGCCGAAGCGCUGGCAAAAACCUAGAUUCUAUCCAACCCACUCGUAGUGCCCUAGACCUGAGGGGUUAAGGGAUGAAUUUUGAAAGUCAAAGAGGGCAGUCCGCUGGGCCCUUCUUUCUUUGAGUCACUCGCUCUAUAUACUCCUCCAGGACGUCCUCUGGACUUGUUUAUAUCCAUAUUCAUCUGUAGGGAUGGGACUAAAGAGCUCUAAGAGAAGAGCGGCAACAGCUUAUCCGAAAAAAGCAGUUCUCUUAUCUUAUCGAAAAAGGUCUCGCUUUUCACAUUCUCCGCCCCCGCAUCCUUAAUGGGUGAACUUCUGCAAGAUAGGCUUUCUCUUUCAUAAUAGCGGAAAGAUCUUCCAUGAUCAGAUUUGAGAUAUUAUGUCUUUAUGGGGGUCAGAGAUGUUCAAAAUGGACACAGAAUCAGACUGCCAGAACCGUCAUUUUCUUCUGGAACGAGUCCGGAGGACGGCGUAGAAGGAGUCUAGUUUGAAAGAAAGGAUAUAAGGAUCUGACCUCUUAGACUAAGAACAAGCUAGAACAAAGAUAGAAAAGAAGUUCAUAUGGAUCAAAACAAGGACUGAGCACCUCCUCCUCCGUAUAUAGGUCCUCCAGACCUCUUUGAUCCUAACUACGGGGUCGAGAGGCUUUGUUUACUCGGAUUUAGCCCACUACGCGCUAAUUUCAUAAGUUCAGACAGCAUUCUCAGUUCCCUUAUGCCAUUAGGCCAAAAUAAGGAUGCCUUGGAGAAGGUAUUUCAUUCUUAGGCUCGCAAGCAGCUUUCCCAAUGGGGACCGGGGAAGGAUACUGAGUUCACGAGUUGGGCAAAGGAAGACUACUGGAGAUUAGGAUCAGUUCGUAUUCUAAGAAGAAAGAGUCAGCCAGGAGUGGGAUCCGCGGAUGGUUAGGGUCGAAGCGCUAGACCUGAAUAGGGGCAGGGUAGAAUAGGAUCGGAUUGACCGCGUAGUGGGUUAGUAGGGUUAUUUGUUAUUCCGUAUUCCAUAAUUCUGAGAUAGUGGUAAUCUCGGAUGUUCCCGAUCCGUCCGAAGGACUAGAAAUCCAUUAUUUUCCUCUAGCAUUUCUCCCUAAACUGUGCUAUUCACACCGGUCCGUGGUAGUUUAAUUGCUCCGCACCUCUCUCCGAUACAGCCGUAUUCUGACUGACGGCUUUCUUUCCGCCAUAAAGAUAGGGGGGCUUUGCUUCUAUUUUCACCUCAAUCGGGAUGAGAGUUCGGCAGACAAGGUUCGGGCCGAAGCUCGACCUUCUUUAGUGGGGUCCCCUGAAGCGUCAGAAAGAGAAAGACUUCCAGAAGAAAGACAAAGGUGAAGAUGAAUUGAGCGAGACAGAGUUUCAGCUGCCGACUAUAGGGUAGAUGGCUUUAUUACGGGAUCGGAGCUAAGCGCUAACUAUGAAUAGUGGGGAUCGAAGAUUUCCACUUCGUCAGUCAAAUAUACGAGACCAAGAGGUCUGAUUCCGUAAAGUCUGAUUCUACAUAAAUAAAGGCGCAAAGAAUUUGCGAACAAAGGCUCAAUUUGAGGGCCAUUUCAUAAGACUAAUCCGGCUCGGAAGAAAAGCCAGCCGUGAAAGGGAUUGAAUGAGUCACAAGAGAAUGAGUCAGCUCCUUCUUGACACCGUUCAGCUCGUAAAGCUUCUACUGAGUUUCGGGAGCAAUUAAACUACCACGGACCGGAGAACAUCACCUACUUAAAGGCGCCAAGCGAAGCGACUGGGAACCUACUUUAAGGGCUUAAAGGAAAGACAAGAAAAAAUGGGGGACGAGAUUCCUUAUUACUAAACCUCAAAUAAAUACUCAAGCCUAUCCUUCUGGGUGGAAGAGUCAAGUGAGGACAGGUUUCGGUUCACUUUGAAAGUCUCUUCCCUUAUAUAUGGACAUUAGCUUCACACAUGAGUUUAGUAUAAAGAACCUCGGAAAGGGAUCUAGACCUUGCACUCCGCGCCCAACCGGAUCCCUGGCUGAAUCUUAGCGUGAACUGGGGUCAGUCCCGUUAGAAGCAGCUGCGGAGUUACGAGGUUUCACAUCUCACUCAGGUUUUGACCUAGGCUAGAUGUCCUCAACUAAAAUGGGUUCUUUUGCAGAGGUAGAAAAGCCCACUACGCGGUCUUCAACCGAUGAAAUGCGCGGAAACCUUUGAUUCUUGACAAUAGAAGGGGAGGAAGAAGCUGACCCUCCUUUACCGCUACGUGGGUGAAUUGAGUAGGCUCUUGGGCCGGAAUCAGUCGUCGAUGUUUCGGCAGAGGUUGCGGAUCUUGCCCUCCCCAGUUUCAGCUCUUUCUUAAGUAGCUUUUCUUGCUGGAUUUCUUGUGAUGUUCGGGACCGCGGAGUUUUCUUUUUUUGGGAAAUGGAAAAGGCUGAUUUUUGCAUUUAUUUAGUCCCAACCCUUAUAUUG